AUGAAGAUUCCUUCAUCGAAAAAGCUAUAAUUAAAAAGCCUCUUGCUUGUUUUAAGUCUAAUCAUUUUAUUUUGUUAAAAUGCACUUGGAUUAACAGCAAAGCUGAGUUAAAUAUCCCCUACAUACUUAUAAUUAACCACGGAUAAUGAUAUGAUAAUUAGCUCCUAAUACUAAUUAGCAAAUAUUUUUUCAAUUACUAUCGAUAGCAUCAGCCCAAGUAGCUACACAUACACUUUUAAUUUAAAAAAUCCUACUACUAUAGAAAUUAACAUAGUAUACUCAUAAAGUUUUAUUUAUAGAUACCUUAAUUUAUAGGUGACUCAACCUAAAGCAAUUACAGAUUAAAGUGGAGCUAAUCUUGAUUAAAAUAGUUAUAGCACAUAAAUAUAAAUGGUUAUAAUCUAUUCAAGUGCAGAGAAGACUAUUCAAGACAUAAUACCUUAUAUUGUGUGGGGAUUUUUUGGAAUCUUUGUUUGCAUAACAAUUAGUUUUCUUUUUAUGAAAGUAGACACAGUAAGCAUUUGGAAUAUUUUAGAAUUCUUUCAAAUAUGUGGAGUUUUGAAUUACUUAAACAUAGUCAAAGCAUAAUAACUAAUUAUUUAUCUCAGUGAGCUGAAUAAAAGCAAUUUUUUCUUUAUCCCUACUUGGUUUUAUCAGUUGCUCUAGCAAAUUAAUAAGUCUAUAUCAACUAAUAGCUCUAGCGUUUUUAUCACUAAUAAUUCAAUUGAUGCACCUUCUUCAACAAGCUUUAUAAGAACUACAGGAAAUGCCUUAUUUAUUGUCUUUAUAUACACAUUCCUUACUUUGAUAUGCUCGUUUAAACCUUGUUUAGUUUUUUAGAAAAUUUUUAACACUCGCUCUCUUUAUAGAAUUGUAGAUAUUCUUUUGAUUCAUUUUGUAUUUGCUAGUGUCAUUAAUUUGAGAUACUGUUCUUUUAGCAGUGGUUAUAACAUUAGUGACUUUGCUUCAUCAAUUGUUUGCCUUAUAGCUUUUUUUUUAUACUCAACAAUAAUACCCUGCUCUAAAGUUAAUAACAUAGAUGUUAUUAUGUUAGACAAAGAGGUAAUAGAGAGAAAUAAGCAUUUCAUUAAUAAAGCUAGAGUAGAGUACUUUUUUAGCAGAAACUUCUUUUCAUUUCGUACAAUUUUUAGAAGUCUCUUAGUUAUAGGACUUGCUUUAGGAACAUUAAGCAAAACUGCAGCAGGAAUAAUCACAUUUGGUUCAUUAUUUUAUUGGAUUAUUGUUAUCAUUUUAAGUUUAAGAUAAAGUUUAUAUGAUGAUAAAAUAUUAAAUGCUAUCUAACUAAUAAAUACUAUCUCUCUUACAGUUCUUUUAAUAUUGUUUAUAAUUUUAUGGAGUUUUGAGCAGUUCUAUGCCUUGGUAUCACGCUCAAGCAGCAAUCAGAUUGAUAGCUCUUAUAUUUCAAUAAAUCACUAUCUAAGUUGGUCUAUAAUCUGUCUAAUAGUAAUUGCAAAAAUAUCCUACAUAGUAUAGUUAGUAUUCUAUCUAAUAUAAACUCGAAAUAUAAAGCUGCAGACUCUCUUGAAAACUUAAAAUACAGAAGAUUCUUAGGUGAAAGAGCAAAGUUAAUUACAAGAAUAAUUAGUAAACUAUAAUGAUAAAUCUAUUGUUUAAGAUUCUCAGUAAAAUAAUAGUUUUGUUUAUGGAAAAAAGCAGAUGUUUUAAACAUAAAUAGAGUAGAAAAAUAUCGAAUUAUCAACAACAUAGCCAAUUUAAUAGCAAAAUAUAAAUGAAUUAAAUACUGUGUAAUCUUAAUUAUUUGAUUCACCUUAAAAGCUUGUUAAUUAAACAGCAUUAAAUAAUACAAAUACUUCUUAAUUUUAUAAUAACGGCUCAUCACUUAAUAAAUCAUAGCCAAAUUAAGUUUAGUUUCAAGCUUAAAUUUCAUUUAAUAAUUAAAGCAUGUAGCAGUAGCCUUCAGAUUUUAUGUUUUCUUCUCAUAAGAAUGACAAUAUACUAAAUAACUAGUAAGAGUAGGAGCAUAACCAAAACAUAAGAUUUACUAAUAAAACAUCUACUUUUUCUGCUGAAAACAAUGAAAGAAACUAAUUAUGA